AUGACCCAGCAGGGAGCGGCGCUGCAGAACUACAACAACGAACUCGUCAAGUGCAUCGAGGAGCUGUGCCAGAAGCGAGAGGAGCUGUGCCGGCAGAUCCAGCAGGAGGAGGACGAGAAACAACGGCUGCAGAACGAGGUGAGACAGCUCACGGAGAAGCUGGCCCGCGUCAACGAGAACCUGGCCCGCAAGAUUGCCUCUCGCAAUGAGUUUGACCGGACCAUCGCGGAGACGGAGGCUGCCUACCUCAAGAUCCUGGAGAGCUCCCAGACCCUGCUCAGUGUGCUGAAGAGAGAAACUGGGAACCUGACCAAGAGCACAGCCUCGGAGCAGAAAGCCAGUGGGGGCAAGGACAGCUAA